AUGAAAGGGACAAGACUAAGGGACACGUGACGUCCGCUAGCCGACGAACCUUGAUCAGAGGACUUUGACUAAGUGUAUUGUAUCCCCUAUAAAACGGGUGAAACCCCUCAUUUUAAAGAAUCUGAAUUCUAAGUGAAUAUACUCCUAUUUUGCAUUCUCUCUCUCUAAAACUUAUACUAUUCAAUAUAUUCGGUGGUUUUUAGCCAUCAAAUUGGUGCUUUCAUUGAGAGCUGAGAAGCAUACUCGUAGGUUAACUCCCGGAAGCGAGAAUGGUGCAAACAAGGAGCAACGUUACUACCACUAGCCACGUCGUAGGCGAGGAAAAUGCACCGGGAAGCGGCAACGACAUAGGAGGUAUUACCUCGACUCUGGAUGCGGUCCAGGCAUUAUUCGGUAUGGGGGUGACCACGGAGCAGCUCCAGGCUGCCGUUGCGGCACUCUCCGCUAUGGGCGGGAACGUGCCCAGCACAGGAGCUGGCCGAGCUCUGCUCGAUCCCCAUACGGAGCACGCCGCCACUUUCCAGCACAAGGGGAAGACGUCCUCGAAGGAGAAGAAGACGAUGAGUCCAGCGAGUGCCGAGCGGAGGCAUGCUGAGGAGUCUGCAACGUCGGACGCACGCUCGGCAAGGCUGGAGCGCGGCGAAGGCCAACAGGACGAGCGGACCCAACGUUGCCAAAGCCCGACAAGAACUGAGAAGACGAAGGUCUCCGACCAGGGUAUGUCCCGCCUCGCGCGCGAAAUCACUGAGCUCAAGCGCCGAGUGGAGACGAAGACGCCCUAUAGCCAACCCAUCUUGCGAACGGUGACCACGUUCACUCUAAGGGUUAUGUCGAUUCCGCUGCCAGCAAACUUCCGGCCGUGGCAGAUCAAGGCCUACAGCGGAACGAUGAACCCCCAAGAUCAUAUGUCUAAGUUCUACGUUUCGAUGGAGGCAGCGGCAGCCCCGGACGAGGUCAAGUGCCGAUGUUUCCUCGCGACGCUGGAAGGCUCCGCGUGCAAUUGUUUCAACCGGCUCCCAAAGGGAACCAUUGACGAUUGGGAUACGCUAGCGGAGAAGUUCCUGACGCAGUUUGCGGCCAACAUGAGGCAAAGGCUGCCCUACUCCCACCUCCUCGACAUCUGCAUCCGCAAAGGAGAGAAGGUCCAAGAUUUUAUAGUCCGGUGGGAGAAGGAAGCCAAAGACAUGCAUGGGGUGGAUGACUAAGCUUUGGUGGCAAUGUUCCAAGCAGCCCUUCCCCGCUGAGAGGUGAGGAAGGAGCUCCGCAGGAAUCCUCCNCGCUAAGUUCUUGGCCUCGAAGGAGUUCGACAAUACCCCUGACUCUGAGGCCGCGCCGGCCAAGCGAGCUCCCGCGGACUCGGGAGAGAUCGCGAAGAAAAGGAGGAAGAAAAAGGACUACACUGU